UUCGGAACGCUGCUGGCCCCUGGCCCUUUAACAGCGGUGAAAGCAGCAACACUUCGCGGGAUUUUGUCAGUGUUGUUUGGGCUUUGCAUCGGUGGUUGGAAGGCGGUAUUUCGUGGGUUGUCGGUGAGACACUGAGCUUGAGAACCCGAAAUGGCCAUUGCAGCAGCACGAGGGAAGCUCAUGGCAGUGAUUGGUGAUGAGGAUACGUGUGUUGGAUUCCUGCUGGGUGGUAUCGGUGAACUGAACAAGUCCAGAAAGCCGAACUUCAUGGUCGUGGAUAAGAAUACGCCUUUGAAUGACAUCGAAGAAUGCUUCAAGAAAUUCCUGUCUAGGGACGAUAUCGACAUCAUCCUGAUCAAUCAGAUCAUCGCCGAGCAGAUUCGUCACGUGAUCGACAGCCACAGCAGUGCGCUGCCGGCCGUGCUGGAGAUCCCCUCCAAGGACAGCCCGUACGACCCCACCAAGGACUCGAUCCUGCGCAGGGCCAAGGGCAUGUUCAACGCCGAAGACUUCAGAUAAGCGGCAGUGGUUUCCCAGCUCGUCAGCCUGUUGCCGGUCGAGCGUGUACAUCGCCGCGUCGCCGUCUGCCCAGCGGUGUACGCGGCAGCCGGGUGGUGACCUUGUAGACUCCGAUUCAGCAGCCAUCUCCAGCUGGUCACGUGAUCGUGCGUGCUCGUGUGUUAGUUUGUGUGUGUGUGUCAGCGUCCCGGCGUCAUUCCGGCCGUCCGCCGGGCUUGUCUGGCGUGUAGGUGUGGGGAAGAGUCCCCCGUGGCCAGCCAUCGAUUGGGCGGGAGCCGCAGUAUGGUAUCUGUUUGACGCUGAUAACAUAAGACAGCUUGAGUGGUGUCGAAAAUGUCCUGGCCAUCUUAAGAGGUUGGCCGGACGCUGCGCGGCUCCCAACUACUGUAUAUGAUGUCGGAAUGGGACAAAUAUAUGAACAAUGCAUCGGACAGAAAA